AUGCAGAAGGAAGGUGGUGAGAUCCAGCCUCGCUUUCGGCGCGCCGUGGGCCACUACGGCGCGGAGGUGUUGCCCUUCCGGCAGGUCGUCGACGGCCAUGUCGAGUCCGCGCUGCGGUGGGUCGGCAAGGACAUGCAGCUGAGGACCGAGCAGGGGGUCAUGGCGAUCGCGGCAGCAGGCAUCGCAGUGGGCUGGAUGCGCCCGCAGCCAGUGACAGGCGGGGCGGAGGUGGAUGUUGAUCCCCCCGUUUGCCGAGGCACCCGCGGAGCGGCGGUCAGAUCUGCCAGCGGCAUGCCGACGUGGGCAGCUGGCAACACCGACGGCAGCUCAGAUGCUUGCGUGGCCGUGGGGGCGCCGUGCGGGCUGCCGAGAGCGCCCCGCGGCUGCGAGUGCGGCGCCUCUCGCGAGGGGCCUGCAGUGAUCGGCUUUUGCGCGGCGCUUUUGCGCGACAGGCCCCCGCUGGUCGAUUCGCUUCUCGGUGCCCCCGCUUUUAGCUCCAUCGCUGGUGCAGCCAACUCUGCCUCGCCGCCGACGGUGCGCCGGCCGCGUGCGGCGGCCGCCAUGCCGGCGCGGCCAUGCUGCGGCUGGCAGGGCGCCCCGUGCGUGGAUCCGGUGCAGCAGCAGCGGCUGAUCGGCGUGCGGAUGCUGCUGCAGGCACUUGGAGUUCUGACCUCGGCGGCAUUCGCGACCAUAGCCUUGGCCCUGUUCGGCGACCGGAGCGCCGUGCUGGACUUCUGGUCCGGGUGCCACUGGCUUAGCGAGGGCGUGGUGUGCCUCUUCGUUGCGGCAGUUUGCCUCGUGCUCGAGGCGCAGUCGUUCUUCUACGCAGCCAUAUCACACAGCCUCCUCUCGCACGCCAGCCAUCGAUUGCUGCUGGCCAGCCUGUACUUGUGGUUGGGAGCCUACUCCGUGGGCGGCCGCAUCCAGCAAGGGUCAGAGGUCUGGAGGACGUUCGGAAAGGUCACCGGCGUCAUCGCCUGGGUAGUGGCUGUUGGCGACGUGAGCAUCUCGCCAUGCUACAUCGCGAAGACAGACCCCGAGCCAGAGGUGGUCACCGAGCACGUGACGGUGCCCGCCUCCGCUGUCGGCGCAGUCUGGGGCCCCCAGACCUCGACCAAGCACCGGCUGGAGCGCGACCACGGGGUCCGGCUGAAGGUGACCUCCGGCAGCCCGACCUCUGGAGCCAGCUCGGAGGCGACGGUUGAGGUCUCUGGACGCAGGCCGUCGGCCUGCACUGCCGCCGCCGCCGAGAUCCACCAGCUGGUGCAGGCCGCGUCGGACACGCCCGACCUAAAGUCAGCCCCGCCUCGCUUCGGCGACCGCGGCUCCGACCUCAGCCCCACCUCGCUGCGGCGCUCGGAGACGUGCGGCGCCCGGCUCGCGCUUGGCGGCUACCUGCCGAGCCUCCCGGCAGCAGAGGCGGGCCCCGCCACCACCGCUGGUGCGGAGGCCACCCGGCAGGCGGCGCACGGCGGAGGUGCGACCGGUGCGUUGGCCUCCGCCCCGCCGCCGCAGCCGUCGAUGGCCUUGGCAAGGCUGGCUUGGAGCCGGAGGGCACCUCUGCUGGGCCGCUGGUCGCGGGGCCGCCGCUGGCGGAGGAGCCGGCGGAGCCUGGCCACGCUUCCCGCCGCGAGCGCCGAACGGAGAGGGCCUCGGGGUGCGUGGUACCUGGAGGGUGUUGCGUGCCGCUGGGAGGCUGGCCAUGAAGGGGCUGGUCGACUCGGAGCUCCAUGA